ACUCGCUUUCAGCGCACUUCAGCCGGCGCAGUCUUGCUGCGGCCGUCAUGGAUCGCAGUUGAAUCGCUGUGGGCCGUUUUUAUGGCGUGUAAACUGUCUAAAGUUUCAAUUAAAAUUCAUUAAUUUCACUUUUAUUUGUAAAUUGUUCGGUAGAGUAGAUAUAAUACUCAUUGAAUCUUAAUUUGAUAACUUUAUCGCGAACAUGGCUGUGAACGUGUGUUUUUGUGUAAAACUGUCCCCUAACAAAAAAUCGAUUUUUGGAUUGAGAAUGAAGAGCCAAAUAUUGUAUUUGGUAUUGUUUGCCAGUCUCUUGGCUGUCACCUCUGCCGGGGACACAGAGGCAUCUUGUGCUAAUGUGAGAAGUAUUUUCGCAAAGAAAGGAAUGUUGUCGAUGGCUGAGUUUGUGACUGAACAGCCGAAUUCAGAUGCCGACGCGUUAUGCCCCAACAGAGGCUGUUGCGGAGCUGGCUCGAGACAACAGCUCACACAGCACGCGCGGCUACAGCUUGAGGGAGCUGUGCGGAGCGAGCUCAACAAGCUGGCCGAGAUACUGUCCACGAGGGCCAAGAGGUUUGACGAGUUCUUCCGCAAGCUGCUGAUGCUGUCUCGAGAAGAGUUCCACGCGAUGUUCAAACGCACGUACGGCAUGAUCUACGAACAGCACUCUUACGUCUUUGUGCAGCUUUUCGAACAACUAGAGAGGUACUACACCCGCGGCGACACCGACUUCGACGAGAUGAUGGACAACUUCUUCGGCAUCCUCUACCAGAAGAUGUUCACCGUGCUCAACUCGCAGUAUAGCUUCGACGAGAAGUACUUGAAAUGUGUGAAUGAGCACAUGAGGGACAUCCAGCCGUUUGAGGACGUGCCCUCCAAGCUGUCAGUGCAACUUCGACGCGCCUUCGUCGCCACUCGCACCUUCCACAAAGCGUUGCGAGCCGGCUCUGACGUUGUCAGAAAUAUGAUGCAGACGGGGGUAACCCAAGAGUGUGUGACGGCGUGGGCGCGCCUGCGGUUCUGCGGCACGUGCGCCGGCCAGAGUCCGCCGGCGUGCAGCCGCUACUGCCACAACGUGAUCAAGGGCUGCUUGCCCACGCACGCCGACUUGGGCGAGCAGUGGGAUGCUUAUGUUGAUGCCGUAGAGAAGGUGGCCGACCGUCUGCUCGGACCAUUCAACAUCGCGAUGGUAGUUGAACCCAUCGACAUCAAAAUAUCCGAAGCUAUCAUGAGCUUCCAGGAGCGCAACCAGGAGAUCUCGCAGAAAAUCUUCUCCGGUUGCGGGAAACGAGAACUGGGCGGAGGCGCCAGUACGGGGCCCUUCUUCGCCUCCGAGAGGAGCCGGCGCUUCGCCCGCUCCAUACCAGACUUCGAUUGGAACCAGAAAUCCAACGAUGUCGACGACUUUGAGAUCGAGGCCAAUUUCGAGGGUCUCGUGAACGACGACCCGUCGCAGGGUAGCCUGUGGACAUCCGCGGGUAUCCGGAAAGCGACGGAGGAACUGGCGGAACAGGCCAAAUCGAGAACACGUUUCCUCCAGUACAUGAGAGGACAGAUUAAGUUGGAGGAAUUCGAGGAACACGAAAGGAGGAAGAGGGACGCAGACCCGGACCCGGCGCCCGGCAAUGCGGAUAUCGACUUCAAAGGAUACGACUUUGAUGGGAAACGGGGAUCGAAAAAGAAGAGGCCUACGAACAGUAAAGCUGAAGAAAGCCAUGGCGCGGAAUCAGGUCCAGCAUUGGAGAAGCUCGUCCGCGAGACGCGAGCGCGAGUGCGAGCGUCGCGUAACUACUGGCUCCAUCUGCCUGCCGUGCUCUGCUCGCCCAUCAGCAUCACUACCGCGCCCUGCUUCAACGGUUCACACGUAGCUAGCUACACGUCGAUAGCGGCAGGAGACGGCAGCGCAGCCCUGGCGUCCAACCCUGAACUGCGGACUCCCCCCGCACCCGCCUCCCCCGCAGCCACCGUGGAGGCCCUGCGUGCCCUCACCGCGCGCCUCAAAGACGCCUAUAACGGCGUCGAAGUGCAGUGGAAAGACUCCGCUGAAGACCUUCAAGCGGCGGCGGCGUCGAUGAACGAAUUCGUGGACAAUGGAGGAUCAGGGUCUGGCUCCGGAGACGAUACCAAUGAUAACGAGGAUCUGCCUGAUGAUGACGAGGAUCGAGACUCUGGCAGCGACUAUCCUGAAGGUUCGGGAGACAGCCGACAACCGGACUCAGGAACGACACAGACUGAAACCGACAACCCGCCCGCCCCGCAACCCGUCCCCGAACAACCCUUCGUGCCCAGCAUCAUCGACACCCCUGGCACCAACAACGUUCGAUCAGGAAUCAUAGAGCCACCACCAAACGAAGACUUGCCCAGCGACGUAGAAAGCCGGGCCGGCGCAGAUCCGGCUUUAGACGAACCGGUCACCGGUUCCGCGGACCGACCGUCUCUACAGAAUGCGCUAUUCACGUACGCGCUUCCAGUAGUUUGCGCGUGGUUCGGAACUAUUGUCACCGAUCUAUUCUAAGUUUCUCGAUCAACGUAUUGGUGACGUCGCGUUUUCGUGUUCAGUAAUAAUAAUAAUUUAUUAUAGAAAUAGUUCGCACAUACGUAAAAAUCACUAUUUAUUAUGACGACAAUACUUUUUAAAGGCGUCAUUUAUAAACGCAGAAUUUUACGGAAUUUGAAUAGUCCGUUAUGAAUAGUCUAUUUGGUUAUCGUUGAAUAGUUGAACGAUUACAAAAUAGUGAAACGAAAAACGAAAAUAAAAUUACGAGAUUCGUAAUUUAAAACGAGAAUGUUGAAGCAAAGAGUAGGUAUUUUAAAAAGUAUUAUACAAUCCAUAAAAAUAUCUGGAUAGUGGUUUAUAGAACUCUUGCUAUUCUGCGUUUGAUAAUAAGACGCCAUUAGUGAGUAAAGGUCGAGACACAUAAGGGGACGUCACCAAAUCGAUGAGAGUGCAUGAAAAGUUAGAGCCUAGUCAGUGCGAGUGACAGUGAAGUGGGCAAGCUUUAAACGGCGAACGCUCCUGUGAUAUGAAACGUGGACGGAUAUACUAAAACGGUUGGACUACAGACUCUCAACAAAUUAAACAGAAGAAAUAUUUACACAGUGAAAUGUGUAGUGUUAAUUUAUUUUCUUAAAUGGACUAUUCCGUUGUCGAGGGAAUAAGUGGUCGACAAUAACAGUGAAUUUAAUAACUAUUAUUAUUUUUUUAUAUUUUUCUCAUAAUAAUUGUUAGGUCGCAAUCGAAAAGUUUUAGGAAAAAAGGAUAACAGCCAAAUCGUGUAUUUAUUUAAAUGAUCUUGUAAAUAUUAAAUGUAAAUUAUGAUCGAAUUAGAUAGCGAAUGUUUUGUUCACGUACAGACUAUAUUGUAUGGAAAUUUUUGAUAUCUCCCUGCACGUACUUUUUUUGAAGUUGUCUGAUUGAUGAAGUUUCUUUGUAAAUAAUCUUGGCGGGAAGUGAUGUCUAUUUUCUAGUUUCGGAGAUCAAAAAAUUAUUUAAAAGUGUACAUAUAAUUUUAGUCGUACAUCUAAGUGUAAGUUAAGACUGAUUUGCUUUCGAUAUUUUGUUCUUCGAGUACAAUACAGCCGCAAGAAAGAGGAGUUACUUGAAUCAAUGAUUUUUAAGACAUGGUUCCAAUAUUAUUGGUACCCAACUGAUUACUCUAUAUAUCAGAAUUAAUAUUUUAAAAUACGUUUUGUAAAUACAAUGAGUACCUACAGUUUAACUACUUUAUUUCAAAACUGAAAUCCUACUAAGUAGGGUAGUAAGUUAACGAACACAAAAGUGGAUUCUACAAUGAAGAUUGGAGUCAUACAUUAAUCAGUUCAUCCGUCUGACCAAUAAAUAGUCCAUUGUAUGUGUAAAUGUCAUCUCAGACAGACAUCUGUAAAAUUUUAUUUCUAACUAAGGAACUAGAAAGUUAAACACGACCAAUUAUGGAUGUAAGAUGAAGGUGUAUGCUUUUCAAAACUGUCUGAACUCUUUCUUUUGGUUGUGUUAUACUCGUGUUUCCAUCGGACUUAGAUUAACCGACUGACGUACUAUAGUUAACUUUGCUUUAUUAAUUUUAUAUUUUUUUAUUAUAACGACGCAAUUUUAUAUUUUAAUCUAGGUUUUUUACUAUUACUAUGUUGGCUUCAGCUUUACUUUGCUAUAAAUACCUACUUAAUGUAAAUGAUUUUUUUCUCUAAACAAUGUGUUGAACAAUUUAGGAUUAAAUAAAUAAAUAAAUAUAUUGAAUAUAUUGAACGCAUUGGAAAAUUGUAGAUUUUUAUAAAGCUCUAGUUUAUUUAAGUCACCCCAGUGUAUAGACGUAUAGUUUGGACUACACAGUAUGCUACAGUAUCACUGCAAACUCGUAAUCUUCUUUGGUAGGCACCAUAAUAUAUCAGGUAACCAACAAUUUUAAUCAAGCAGAUUUUUGGUAAUGUCAACGUAGAUGAGUGUAUACAUUCUGACCUUAUUCGGGACGAGUAUGUUACAUUAGCGUCAUCUCUAUUCUAAUUGACAAAACAAGCUCGUAGCUUUUACUUGACAAGCAAAAUAUAUUUCUCGAUCACUGCCUUACUAUGUUUGUUUGAGUUAGAAGUAAGGUAGGCUGUAUUAGUUAUUGUAAUUUUUUUCUACAGAUUGCGUAGUCCAUUCUAAGUCGAUUAACCUAAGUGAACUUAUCUUACAUGCCAUACUUAUACCUACUACUACUUUCAUUUUUGAAACGCACACAAUAUUUAUAUUAUAAAUAACUGUUUUAAAUGAAUAAAAUCGCAAUAGAUUUUUAAUAUAUUUUUUAUUUUAUUUUUAACAUAAAUCUCACCUGUCUUUAAAGUUUAAACAUUCAAAUACUUAUUUUAAAAAAUAUUAUGAUUUACUUAGGUACUAGGUACCUUUAUAUUUCAGAUUUUCUGAAUAGUUCGUUUACUUAGAUGUCUUUUUUCUAGCUUAGAUAGUAAAAGCAAAUCUUUUCAAUCAAAUCGUAUCAAUAAAAUAUCGUGCAAGUGUUGGGACCAAAAAACACAUUCGAAGUAGAGUUUUUAUUAUUUAGUUUGUUAUUUAUUUAUUUAAAAGCUUGCACGCCUAAUCUUGUUUAGUUAUAAUAAAUAUUGCAUUGAAUUAUAAAAAUACUGAAAGUGACACAGUUUAUCACCUGUGAGCACCAAUAUGAUCAGCGUGAGAAGAAAACCGGCUAUAAAAAUAUAAUUUCGAGGCAGUAUUCAUUUUAAAAUUAUUCUUCACACGCAUCGCAACAAACAUUUGCAGCAAGGUAACAAAGUAAGUACCUAAUAAAUAAAUUGAAUAGUCCCAUAUUAAGAGAAUUGGUACGGAUGAAAUAACAGGGUAACUACCAUGUUAUAGUGUACUUGCCAACAUCAACAGAUCAACUCGAUACGUUGGUAAACGCGAUAACUGUUGUAAUUUAAUUCAUGUUAGUAGGUGAUAUUAUACUGUUUUAACACGACAUGAGGGUGAUUCUUAAUAGUAUACGCAAAAAAUAAAUACCUAGACUAUUCACUUGUUGGACUAUUCACAUUUGCACGAUUUGACAUGAAUAGUCCUUCAUGAAGUAUCACCAUUUAUUUUUUAAAUAGACUAUUCGAAUGUGAAUCUGCGCACGAUCUAACGUGAAUAGUCCAUAAUUGUAACAUCUAUUAUAAGCUAACACACUGCCCAACUUAAGUGAGCAAAAGAUUCUCAAAUUAAUGUUGUUUUCAUUGUUAUAGUUACUAUGCAUAGCGAUCGGUAGCUUAAAUUAAUUUUUAUAAUGGAAUAUGUAUAGGCGCUACACUGUAGACAAUGUAAAUAAAAUAAUGAAGUGUA